GAAAUUUUAAGUCUUUUCUUGGGUGUCUUGGAAUAAAACGAGUUAUGAAUACAAUAACGAAAUAACUCUUGCGCACUCCAGCAACUAGUAUUUAGCAAUAUACUACCUCUGAUCAUGGAGGUUCCAUAUAGACAUCAUGACUAAUAGCCAUUUAUCUUAUUCACUGUGUGAAAGGAAUAGCCCAAAGAACCCAAUAAAUGCAUAUACCGAGAAAAUAAAAUGAGCAUUAGAACAGUGAUAUGUACAAUACAAGCUAGAACUAAACUGCUCUGUCAUGUGAGGUUUACCACUGACUGCCCCUGCCUCCAUGGAGCUGUUCUCCCCACUCCAGCAUCUGUUACACUCAAUGCUUCACACAUCACAUGGAGGGAAAUGUAAGUUUGCCAUUGCGUGCACUUAAGACAGAAAUCUGUAGCUAGACCCAGUACACCUGUUAAACGCUCAGAAAGUAUGAGCACUAAAGCUUGGGUAUUCGAAAACAAGGGUCAUUCUUUGAAAAUGUGAGGAAACAUAUGCCAAAUUGAACAGCGAUAACUGUUACCUAGUCACAAAUGGAACUCUGAUAAAUUGCUGCCGCUGACCUAAUUUCACUCCAUUUUACUAUGUGGAGAUACCAAAUGCCAGCAAGUGGAAUCUCAGCAACAGCAGAGAUUCAGAGGUAUGACAGGGGAGCCACCAAUGCCCACAGCAGUAUGAUUACUUAGCGUCUGUCUUGCUAGCUUCAACUAUAAAAUAUCGACGCGCAGUAAAAUAUAGAGCACAAUACCACUGGAUAACAAUUGGAUUCUUAACCUAAAAAGCAUGCAUACAAGUAGUUUUUAAAAACUGAGUUUAGAAAAGGUCACUCUGAGCAUCAAACAUGAAUAAGGAAUAAUAAAGAGGUGCCAUGUAGAGCAGGGGUAGCCAAUGUUUGAAAUUGAUACUUGAGCCCUAGCCAUACUGGCUGAGGUUAAUGGAAGUUGGAGCUCACAUAUGGAGGGCACCAUAUUGGCUGUCUCUGAUGCACUGGGGCAUGUUACAAAAUACAGAAUAAUUUAGUAAAUGUUAAAUUUCACGUUUGGUUUCUGACCAAAAACCGGAUUGUACAUACAUACAUGCAUGCAUACAUAGUUUAGAAUAAAUCCUAUCAAAAGCCAGAAAUAAUGACCAAAAUUGUGAUUCCUGGGUUCUGCAGCAAUGCUUUUCAAACUGCGUCAAGCUCCUCUGAAAUUCAGCUCCCCCCGCCCCCGAUAUUCUCUGUGUAAUGUGCAGCUGGUUAGAAAUGUUAAUGGAGGCAAAUGUGAGGCCCAGCAAGCCAAGAUGGUGCACAGAGAACACGCCCCAUAACAUUCCUCAGAAUCUUCUACAAUGCACCAAGAUUCCACUGCAGGCACACAGGGCUUAUCUGGCAGAGAAGUGAACAAGGGAAAGGUUUGCUGAACCAUGGUUCCAGAGCAGCCUACCCCAACCUGGUGUCCUUUAGAAACUGGACCCUAAUUCCCAUCACCCCCAGCCAACAUGAAUAAUGCUCAGGGAUAAUGGGACUAUAUUCCACAAUGUAUGGUGGGUACCAGGUUGGGUAAGGCACUUCUGGGGCAGUGGAGAAAUGCAUUCAAGGUGAACUCCAGAAGUUUAUUCACAACAGGAUCAGAUAAUGGAAACUGCGCAGUGUAUUAAAGUCAUGCUGUACCCAGAUGUACAAUGGUAUUACUGAAGUACACUUAGGGUAGGUGUUGGUAUGGCAACUUCAUGCAGCAGAACUUUCAAGCAUAGUUUCACAACCGUAAGAACUAGACAGAUUUUUUGUUUUCUAAAAUGAAAAAAUUCUCAGAAAGCUGAACUUCUUACGAGUAUACUGUGCUUUUUAAGCACUAUUUUAAUAUAAUAUAGGUCAUUUAUGAUCUGCAGAAAUCCCAAUUUCCCCCUCUAUCUUAAGUUUUCUAAUUCAGCAUGCCCAACUGUGGCCAGGAUCCAAUAAGCUGCCAUGGGCUUGGGAGGCAUGCCAAGUGGAAUUUUGAGCUUUUCCCCUUUAAACAGCAUAUACCCACUCCAACCUGGUGUAAUAUCCCUAACUGCUUCAAAACAUUCAAAAGCAGUUUGAAUGAGGCAUUGGGUGCUGCUGCUUAAGAAAGGAAUGAGUAUUUUAUUCUUCCCCUCUCUCACACACACAAACACACGCAGAGUAAAAAGUCUGCUGAGGACAUGCACUAUAGUCUUGUCCCUUCCACUGAGAAAACAGGAUUUAACGUAGCUGUUCAAGACUUCUUUUCCCACAGUCAGCAGAGCAAUUCUGGCAGCCGCCAGGUGGUGUUUGUGCAGUUAUCAACAAGCUUCCUUCAGCAGCAGAUGAAGCCCAAGCCUCCACCUGCUGCAUCACGAUUUAGAAGCAGCACUGACACAUUGAAUGUAUGAUACAGUUAAGUUUGUUGCAGAAAAAUGAUAGCAAUGACGAACACCACAAUGCAAUACAUCACGAUGGGAAUACCUCUUGAGCUGACCGAAACAUGCAAGCGAUUAAGAAGGGAAAACAGGACUCACGAAAGAGGGUAGGAAUAUCUCACUCUAGUUAUUAAUGCAUGUGUUAAAGAAUCAGUCUUCACUUUGAGUUUUAAUGUUUUUCUUUUAAUUGCAUUUGCUAUAUGCUUGUACAGCCAAGGAAUAUCUCACUCUAGUUAUUAAAGCAUGUGUUAAAGAAUCAUUCUUCACUUUUGAGUUCUGUUUUUCUUUUAAUUGCAUUUGCUAUACGCUUGUACAGCCAAGCAGUGGUAUAUGCUGAAGGUGCUUCUUCUAGCUGAAUCUGUGAAAUGGUGCUCAGUGUACUGGCAUCUGAUUUUAUUUUUGUAUUUGAAGUAGGAUCCCAAAAGCAAAAGAGGGAUGAAAAUAGGCAAACAUCCCACGUCUCUCAAAAUGUUGUUGUUGUUGUUUUUUAAUUUACAAAUUGAACUGGCAAAGAGAAAUAAACCAGCAGAAACAGAGUUAAUUUUAGCCUUUAAAAUGAUGUCAGCUCAACAAAAACUGUAGAAAGUACAAGAAUCUAUAAAGCUUUAUUAUAGUGGUAAGACUUGCAGGAAGAACUGGAUUUGUUGCUAUAAACCAUUUAAGUAUCUUAAACAAUCUUUUAAAAAUGCAGGUGUUUAUUCAGUUCUAAAUUAACUGUACCAAUACACUACUGCCUUCAAUUCAAUCUAGAAUAAUAUGAAUAGUGUUAAUUUUUAUAAUUAGUGGUGGUGAUAGUGAUGUGAUUAAAGAUAAAUUAGCCAACCAGUGGUUAGGAGGAAACCAGCUCAAGACCAGUUAAAACCUAUGAAUACACAUUAGUGUAAGGUAAAAUGAAUCCUAAAAACACAUGAUGGUAAGAACAAUUUAAAAUGAUGAACAUUGUUGAAAUCGUUUAGAUUUCUUGCAGAACCCAGAGCAUUAUCAGAAUGCCACUGAUGCACUACUAUUUAAAAUAUAGUUUUCCCUUCAAUAUUUACAUUGGCCUGCUUUUUAGUGAUGUAUAAAAGUGAUUUAUUCUACCCUGCAGAAACAAUAAUUAUAAAGAUUGGCAAUUUAAAAAAUAGCUGAGUUAUUCUUAAACCCUCUACUACUAAAAUCAUAUUUUUUUUUACAAGAUUAUGCAUUUUUUUCAAAAAGUAAUCUAAAAAUAUGUUGUUACAAGCCUCAUAGUAAUUCAACAACACAGUAUUUUAUUUUGGACAAGUGAAAAUAAAAUUUCUUUCUGGAAAUAAACAUGACAAACCCCUUGAAACGACUUUAUGCAUGCCUUCAUAUAAAAUAGUAAGAAUUAAGACUAAGACCAGGCUAAGGCUGCAAUCCAAUGAACAUUUACCUGGGAGUAAGUUCCACUGAAUUCAACUCACUUCUGGAUAGGCAUGUAUUUGGUCUCCAACAGCAACCGGCUACUUCUGGAUAUUCAAAAGCCGAGCAAGAGGGUAAUAAGUAUCUCUCUGAUGCAUGUUCCCAGGAUCUGGUACUCAUGAGGUAUACAACCUCAAAACUUGGGGUUUUUAUUUUAAACUAUUAUGGCUAAUCACUAUUAAUAAACGUAUCCUUCCAGUUAUUUUCUAUAGACAUCUAAGAUGGUGACCAUCUCCACAGCUUGUGGUAACAAAUUUUGUAAGAAGAAACACUUAUUAAUGUCAAUCAAUUUAACCAGAUGGAGAGAACUAUUUGGAAAGGUAUUCUGGUUACACUUUCCAUGUUAUAAAACUGUAUCAUGUUGCCACUGCCACCUUGAUCCUCCACCUUCUAUACUAAAAAUAGCUUAUCUUUAGUCUAUUUUCAUAUAGAUUCUAAACCAGUUAUUGUCUUCACUAUCCCCUCAAUAGCUUUUUUCAGAUCAGGCAACCAGAGCUGCACACAGCGAUGGAAGAGGUUAGGCUGAUAGGUCUCAAUAAUCAAAUGUAUGUAAUAUUUCAAUCUGGCUCAAAAAUUAGGUCAGAGAUAUUUAGGCCAAACAGAGUUUACAUCUUAUUUACAUGUGUUUCCACUUCCAUAUACUUAAAAUGCUGUGAGAAUCUUAGCUGCUCAUGGCUUUUUGGCAACAAGGUUUACAUAAUCCAGUUCAAGAUUUUAAUCAUCUGUGGUAAUCUGCUUUAUUUUUAUUUCCUUAAAAUUUCACAAAUCAUUUAACAACAUAGUUAGAAAAGGUAACUGCUUAAGAAAUAAAUAUUCUUUUCCCAAAGACUUCUGUUAUACAAUUGAAAAGCAAUUAAAAUGUGCAGACCUAUAAGAGCCCCUCUUUUUUUAAGCCUCUGUGAGAAAAAUAGAGUAAGAAUCAGAAGGGUCCCAUACUUUUCCUCUAGCUAUCAGUUUUGCAGCCAAAGCAUGUGCUGUAGGGGUUAUAUGUUAAGAUUUCUAUAAUUAUCUAUGAAAACAAAGAACAUGAUACAACAGAAAGUUGAUCUUUUAUUUCUUCCAAAACUGGCUUUAGUCCUGAUUUUUAUCCUUUUCUCAUAAGAGCAAUGCCAAAAAGAUGUUUUGCUCAUUGCCACUAUAUAGAUCCUAAAAUGAUCCCAAAAACAUUUACACUGAACAUGUACAUUCAUAUAUUUGUGGUUCAUCUAACUAAAUUCACAAAGACAGGAUCAUGGAUAUACAUGAACAGAUGUUAAGGCCAUUCAUGUUAAUAAACAAUGAACUCUUUCAUUUUUACAGGAAGGAGAUUAAUUAUUUUCCUUUUUAUUAAUUGCAGGUCAAACAAGAUUCAUUAGUUGCUAAACUGAAGUAAACAGAACUAUUAUGAUUCAGCAACUUUCAAUUUGUAAGCAAGAUUACAAUAGAAGAAAUAUGUAUACACCUGAAAUCAUCAUUACCAUACAAAAGUUCCUGUGUUAUAGAACAUAUCAACUGAUUCUUGCUUACCACUUUUCUUAAGGUACUGUAGAAAUUCUGCAAGUCUUGACCUAAACUGAUUCUGCCUUUGCAGAAUACAAAAUAUGACUUCUACAGAUCUCUUUGGAUUCACCAACAAUUUAAGCACUUUGGUACUGAAGAUCUAAGCGAUAUACUCAAGAGAGGCGCAUACCAUGGAAAUUUUCGCAGCAUCCACAUCUCAAGUACUUUGUAACAGCACAUAUUUUGAACGAAAUGGAUCAUAUCUAUGCAAUGAAAACAAAACUGUCAGCCUCUCAGAUAAAUCAGAACACCAGCAAUACAUUAUAGGUCUUUUCUUAUCAUGCCUUUACACAAUAUUCCUUUUUCCUAUUGGCUUCGUGGGAAACAUUCUUAUUUUAGUGGUGAAUAUAAGUUUUCGUGAAAAGAUGACUAUUCCAGACUUAUAUUUCAUAAACCUUGCAGUAGCAGAUCUCAUUUUGGUGGCUGACUCUCUCAUCGAAGUUUUUAAUCUCGACGAAAAGUAUUACGAUAUCACAAUAAUUUGUACUUUUAUGUCAUUGUUCCUUCAAAUCAACAUGUAUAGCAGCAUAUUCUUCCUAACAUGGAUGAGUUUUGACAGAUACAUAGCACUAGCAAAAGUAAUGAAGUCCAACUUAUUUCGCACCAUGGAACAUGCCAGAUUAAGCUGUGGCCUCAUCUGGUUGGCAUCUAUCUCGGCAGCACUAGUGCCCUUCACAGCUGUACAUUUGCAACAUGCUGGGGAGGUUUCCUUUUGCUUUGCAGAUGUAGAAGAAAUUCAGUGGCUAGAAAUAACCUUAGGGUUUAUCAUCCCUUUUGCUACUAUAGGCCUUUGUUAUUCGUUAAUUGUAAGAGUCUUGAUAAGAGCCCACAAGCACAGAAGUUUGCGGAUACGCAGACAGAAAGCUCUUCGCAUGAUUUUUGUUGUUGUCCUUGUCUUCUUCAUCUGCUGGCUUCCUGAAAAUGUCUUCAUAAGUGUGCAACUUCUUCAAAAGACAGAGCAAACCUCAUCAAGGGACCAGUCUUUCAGACACAACUAUCCCUUAACCGGACACAUUGUGAACCUUGCAGCCUUCUCAAACAGCUGUUUGAAUCCUCUUAUCUAUAGCUUCCUAGGUGAAACUUUCAGAGAGAAACUGAAAUUGUACAUUGAACAGAAAACAAAAGUCUCUGUUUUAAACCGGUUUUGUCAUGCUACCCUGAAAUCUGUUAUUCCUGAUAGCAACGAGCAAUCGGAAGUUUAAUUUAGCCUGUAUUUAAAGGUACCAUAAUGGAACUUGAUCACAAUGCUAAUAGAAAAAUCAUAUACUUUGUCCUAUGCACAAAGAUUUGUACUAUUUUUAUGAUGAUAUGUAAAAGAUUACACAUUACUCUAAUCUGCAUUUCAUUAAGGUUAGAAACUAAUAAAAGGCUCAUGGGGGAGCAGCUGUAUUUGCAUACUUGUGAACAAUAAGGUAGCAGAAAACUGUCUAAGGAAGAACUUAACUAUAAUAUACUUAUCAAAUAAUGUUAUUUUUCAGCCAUAUGUUAGAUGCCCUGAACAAAAUAGUAAAACUGCAGUAAGAAUAGGGAAAUUCAAUAGAACAUAUUGAUACAGAGAUGCAGACACAGAUAUAGAGAGUUGUUGAUUUUCCUUCCAAGAAUAUCAGCUUGCAAACCUGUUGAAGAAAACAGCUAGAAAGCAUGGUACUGUAUAUUAAUAGACACAAACUAUUAAGAAAAUAGAAAUUCAAUCUAGAUUUACAAUGGACCUCUCUUUCUGGGUUGUUGUUUUUUAAUUAUUACAAUUAGCUACUAGGCUUUUAUUACUUUCAAAUCCCCUGAAUCACCAAGAAUCUUCCCCUUUAAUAGUGGACUCAGGCAGUUGAGUGCUUAUCAGCUUGUAAGUGAAACAGGGCCACCCAAAACUAAGGUAAUGGUACAUACUCAAGGGACUUCUUCAGUUAUACAGAACUAUAUAAGUUUGCAGCAGGAAAGAACAGUAUUUAAAAAAAACAAUUGAAAAUGGCUCAAAGGUUUGUGAACUUCCUUAACUCAUGGAAUGUGGAUGACAGCUGUGCCUACAGAAAUAAGAAAUAUUCUAUUACUCAUCCUGUUACCUGAAGAUGAAAUUUCCAUGACCGCAUUUAACAUGAAAGAUAGGAGUUCCUGUGUAUUCACUAUCCUUUAGUUUUGGGGGCAAAUGAUGCAUAACCCCCACUGUGCUAAAUCCUAUGGCUUUUUCCCUAUGGGUAGAUUUCACUUCCACCUCAGGAGACAAAGGAAAAGUUCUAAAAGAACCAGGACAGACUGUGAGUGAGCUGAGACACAAAAUGUUAGUGUGCCAGUUGAAGGUGGGGGAAGGAAAAUCAGUGGCGUAGCGUGGGGGGUGCAGGGGGGGCACUCACAGCUCUCUGCCCCUACUAAAAUCCACGGGUUAGGGGGCGCAAAUUACUUGCCUUGCCCCGGGUGCUGACAACCCAUGCUACGCCACUGAGGAAAAUGUACUCCGGGAGAAAAGCAGGAAAUUACUAGCUCAAUGUAGCCUUUAGUAAGUAUUCUGGAAGGGUAUGUGUGAGAUCAGUUUAAAGCAGAAAAUAUUUCUCUUCCUGCACUAUAUAGGAAUGUUUCCAAGAAAAGGAAAAUGAACACAUUUUCCAGUUCCACUCUUCAGAACACCUCCUGCACUAUACAGCAAUUAAACGCUUAAGAUCACCCUGAGCUGUCUAGUGCUUUAUAGGGUAGCAAAGAAAAGCCAAGUGGGUAGGUGUUUGUUUCACUUUUCUUCUCCUGAAACCCUCCCAGAUGUCAAAUACAUCUUUUGGUCUAAGCAACCUGGAGCCCUGAAUGAGGACAUUCGUCUUACAGGGUAGGGAAAUACACUGCUAGUGGGUAUUGCAAUAGCCACUAACUCGAAUCAACUUUUUUUCCAGAAUACUUGGAUCCUGGGCAUGUUCAAGCAAUAUUCAUUCUCAAUAUCUGUAUUCACACUGCAAUCAGGAGAUUCAAUGGGAAACUGGCUCCCUCCCCACUUCCCUUUCCAUUCAUAAAAUAGAAUUUGCUUUUAUUUCACUUUCACCUUCCUUUAAUUUUAUUUACUGUACAAUACCUUGAAAAUAACAAAUAUUAUUUGUUAUAUAGAAUAUAUCUCAUGAAUUGCAAUUUACUGCAGGUUCUCCCUAAUUCUCUUAUCUAAAAUCUUUCAUCAUGGUAUCACGGAAAGAUGGCACUGCCAAUAAAUAAGGCACUGCCAAAUUUAGAAAUUGCACUCUAUAUGCAAGGAGGGGAGGAGGUACACUUGAACAAGGAGGGCUAUCAUCUAAACUGCCUCAGAGACUGGACAGUCAGAAUCAAAGCGACCUUUUCCUAUAUGGAUAUUAACAUCUAUUUGUAAAGACAAUUUGCAUACUAUGAUGAUUUCAUCAUUUCCUGCCAGGAUGGAGAAAAGUUUGCUUCUUACUGGACUUGAAUCACUCCCUUUUGACCACUCUACGGGAAAAGAAAUUUGAGUUUAAGGGAAAAGUGGACCUUGGCUGACCCUUGACUGCCUCCUUUGGGCUUAGCUCCCUAGACUUCAACCUCCUCAUGCUUGUCACUAACAGGCUGCAAGGUCUUGAGAGCUUUGGAAAGCAACAUGGAGAAAGUAUUGGAGAGCUACUUUGGAGUGUGGAAAAACAACAUUCUUGUACAUCCAGGUUUAGCAUGCUCUAGUUCCUUUUCAAGCAAUGUUAAGAUAAUCACAGAGAUGCUACACUAAGCUAGGUAAUGUUCCUAUUAUUGGAGAGGGUCUGCCUGUUCUGCUGAUCAUACCCUUGAUUACAGGCUAGGCAUGGAACUAAAUUCUGAUUGCAUUUCGGAGCUUCAAAAGAUUAUCUUUCCCAUGUGAUUGACUUUCAAUCCCUUCUAGGAUAUAUACUCUAUGAAAGGCUCUGUACCCUCCAGAACUGUGCUAUAUUAUGACCUCCACAAAGAUCUCACAGAAGACAUGCUCUGCCUGCUGCAGGACAGGAAGACUUAGAUCCUGGCUGCGGCACAUAGCUAACAAAAAAGCAAAAAGUUUCACUACAAAUUUCCAAGAUGUAGUUUCAUUUUUUUAAAAAAAUCUAAAUUUAUAAAGCUUCCCAUGGAGCCAGUAAUUCAAGGAGACUAACAUGUUGGGGUCCAGGAGCUGCAUAUCAGCAGAAGGUGUGGUCACCCCACAGUCUCACAUGCACAUACAGGACACAGACAGAGGAUCAGAGUCACUUGCAGCUGAUCCAGGCAGCAUUACCAAAGUUACCAAGCAGGUAUAAUUAUGAGUAGUAAACUGGAUGAUUAAUAUGGGGUGUAUGGAGCGUUAGGAAAGGGUAAUACUGCUGGUACGGAACACACCGUGCUCCUUCUGGAGUAGUUUCUCCACCUUUGGUCCCCAUCAGCUCUCACCUGUGGCUCCUAGAAGCUGUCAGCAUGCAACAGCAGCGACAACCCGGCAAUGGCUUCGACAGGCCAGCUAAACCAGGUGAGGGUAGCCAAUGGGUCUCAAACACUCCAUGAGUUAGGCCAGGACUUCCCCUGUACGUGAAGACAGGCUCUGGCGGAUUGAGCAGAUGAGACCAAUACUGGGUCUAACGGCAAGGAAGGCGAUUUCUACACAUGCUGUAGAGGCAAGUGAGGGGCGAUGGGGCUUGUCAAUCUAUGAAGGUAGCCCAUCUGGGAGAAGGAAAACUCUGAUCCUAAACCUCUGCUGCCUUGCAGGAUAUCUUUGGGAGGAGAAAAGGCUAAGGAGUAGACUCUACACAAAUCCAAAGUGGAAUCCCUAAGACAGCUGGAUGGCACCUUGUACGCCACCUUCCGGCAACUCCAGCAGCCCAGCUGGUGUCAAAUGUAUUGCUUUCCUUUCCUUUGGACCACAUCAGCAAGGCUGAGAGUGGGGUCUUGUUUUCUGGGCAGCCCUAAGAGCUCCAUACACACAGCACAGGCUUAUGCUACGGUGACAUCACUUCAGUGCUGCUAAUGCAGCAGUUAGUCUUCACCCCCAGAGGCACACUCUAUUGCCCCUUGAGAAAGACAAGUGCCAACAAUCUGAAUGAGGGUCCCAAGUAAGAUCACAACAAACAAUACUUUUUUGAAAAGUUUAUGAAGCUUUUUGUUGUUGCCGAUAAGACUUUAAACUAACGGUGCACUAAACACUAAAAGCUUAGUGAGAAUUUAAAAUCAAUCAAUCAAUUAAUAUUUGUUGCCUAAUUUACAGACCCUUUGUUAUAUUUUUGUGGGUACAAAUGAAUUUAUAAGUAGAAAAUACAUGUGUAAAAGAUGCAAAGGCAUAGGCUCAAUCCCUCCCAGAUCACCAUUACAUGUACAUAUAUGCAUUAUCUAAUUUACAGUUUCAUACAAUUGGUUCUGCAGCAGGGCUAGUAGACUAACUUGAACAAAGAAGACUCCCACCCAAAUCUCUCUAGGAAUUUACUAGGAGUAAACCAGUAACAUGCCAUGAAUUUUCCAGGUGGGCUCAGGUGAGGCACAAUCCUCUAAGUCCAUCCUUUGAGUUUCAGCACUCUAAAACUGCAAUACAUAUGAGUAAUAAUGCUGCCUUACCUUGCAGGGAUGUUGAAAAGGUGUGAAGCAUUAGAACGGUCUAAAAUGAUAUAUUAUGAUUACUAUUAUUUAUUUUAGUUAUAAAUUGCUUACUAUGAAGCAUCUCAUAGUAUUUUACUUUACUACAAUAAAUAAAAAGUUAAAAGAAUUUCAAAUGAACUCAGAAAU